UAAAAUUUUCGGACUAUACUUAUUAUUACUUAAGUGAAAAUACAAGCUUAAUGUGAAAAAAGAGUUUACUAAUGUAAAGGCGCCAAAUGAAAACAAACAUUUAAUAUGGGAUUAGAGAAAAUGAUCACUCCGAAAACGUACUAAUGUAUUUUUUAAACAUUCCGCGGACGAAUCCUCGAAGAUUUGUACUAGGUUAAACAAAAAUUUAAAAAAAAAACUAAAUCGUUCUGAAUUCAACGUCAAAAUGGAUUUGAACUGGACAUAUCACGUCGGUCUGCGGUCCCCAAACCUCACAAACACGACCGUCAACUUACAGGAAAACUUUGAGAUUGAUUUGGAAGAUACAAAUUGGAUCUUAACAUCAUCCUUCAUCAUAUUCACAAUGCAAACAGGUUUCGGAAUGCUGGAGUCCGGUUGCGUGUCUAUAAAGAACGAAGCUAACAUCAUGAUGAAAAAUCUUGCAGAUAUCUCUUUAGGAGGCUUGACAUACUGGAUAUUCGGUUACGGCAUGUCAUUUGGCGAAGGGGCCCUUUCUAACCCAUUCAUCGGUGUUGGCAACUUCUUGGUAGACCCGCCAGUGGGUGACGCGCUGAUGGGACCAGUCUUUGCGUCAUUUCUCUUCCAGUUGUCGUUUGCAACGACAGCGACAACAAUUGUUAGUGGAGCGAUGGCAGAGAGAUGCAACUUCAAAGCAUAUUGUCUAUUCUCGUUUCUGAACACCAUCGUCUACUGUGUGCCAGCGGGCUGGGUCUGGGGUGAGCAUGGGUUCCUGAACAAGUUAGGGGCUGUGGAUAUAGCCGGCUCUGGUCCUGUGCAUCUUAUUGGUGGAUCAUCUGCCUUCGCGUCCGCAUUAAUGUUGGGACCACGUCUUGGACGAUACGCCAGAGGAACCGAUCCAUUGCCCCUGGGAAAUCCUGUCAAUGUCGUGAUGGGGACGUUCGUGCUGUGGUGGGGAUGGCUUGCUUUCAAUUCGGGCAGUACUUAUGGCGUAAGCGGAGCGAAAUGGCAGUAUGCAGCGCGGGCGGCUGUCAUGACAAUGAUGGGUUCUUUCGGUGGCGGGUGCUUCGGACUCCUUUUCACAUUAAUAAAGAACAAAGGACGCGCUGAUGUUAUGGAAUUGGUUAACAGCAUACUGGGUUCACUGGUCGCUAUAACUGCGGGUUGCUUCUUGUACCGCGCUUGGGAGGCUGUAGUCAUCGGUAUGCUGGGUGGUGCAAUCGCGUCCGCUAGUGUUCCUCUAUUAGAUAAGAUGAAGGUCGAUGACCCGGUCGGUGCGUCAGCUGUUCACGGAGCUUGUGGACUUUGGGGUGUAAUAGCAGUCGGUCUGUUUGCUGAUAAUCCAAUACCCAUGGAUACUACUAAUGGAAGAUCAGGUUUAUUUAAGGGUGGCGGAUGGUACCUCCUCGGAGUCCAGACAUUAACUGGUGUCUGUCUAAUGGCGUGGGGUGCGCUUGUAACCAUGGCGCUAUUGUGGCUUAUCGAUCUCGUGCUGCCCAUAAGGAUGGAUCCUUAUGAGGAACUGCUGGGUGCUGAUCUGACAGAGCACAAGAUAAGACAUUCUCAAGUGGAUGUUUCUCGUGCGGUCUCAGCACUGCGACCGUAUCACCGGUCGGUCAGCAUCGAGGAAGUCGGCGGUAUUGGGGUGAACACUGGACAUAGUCUUGUCGUGGAUAAGUUGCAAGAGAUUCAUAAGAAAAACAAAGGAAAACUCAACGGGAACUUGAAAAUAUUCACCAAUAAUGGUUUUAUCGGAGAUACUGCAUCCGAGCCAAGUUCGUUUAUAAAUAACGGUUUUUUAAAUAAACGUCCUGGCAACCCAGAAAACGAUCUCCAUCGCGCAUUGGACUCAAUGGAAAAAGAAAUUAGCGGAGAGAAAUUUAAAAAUCGAACACACCCUGAAAACGUCGCGAACAUUAGAGUGAUACCUGAGCAAUUAAAAGGAAAGAAAUUUAAAGAGUUGUCUGCGAGUGAAUUGGUCGAAUUGGGUGAACUCAAUGCGAGCGAGGGCCGAUUUAGAUAUCGAUUUACAGAAGACGAUUAUAAAGACGAUGUUGAAAGAGGCUCAGCUACGAAUCCGAAUAUGCGAUGGAUCGAUUAAGUCAUUUUUAACAAUAGACGGCUUUUUGAAACUAUAAGAACAUGCAUUUCUAAAUUAGUCCAGAGUAUUUCAAUGUGAUUAGUAAGUACAAAGUUUUUAUGAAUUUUUAAUUUUUCAAAUUUGGUUGUAUAAUUGGUUUUUUAUUUUAAACGUGGCGAGCUAUAUACUACCCAUUAAAAUAUAAUAUGGCUAAUGGCCGUCUUGCAUACCGUGACGGCAACCGAAAUUCCGUCAUGCGCCACUUCUCCGUCGCUGUGUACUCCAGUCUCCCAUUUAUGUGAGAGGCACUUAUACCAUGAAGUACUUUGCUAUACUUAUAACAAUUAGAAAAAAAUAUUUAUUUCUUCUGUUCUAUUUCGGUAAUUUAUGGUAGUUAACAGUUUGCAGAAGCCUUGUUAUCUUUUUUUAGUCUCAAGUUUAUGAUAGGCAUAGAAAAUAAUUUUAUUGUUGUCUAAUUAUUACUAUUAAGUUAAAGAGAUCGUGUAUAGCAAUCCACUACACAUACAACACUAUUUUGUAAUAUACAAU